CGGAUCAAGGUUGGUAGCGGAUUCUGCGCUUCGUCCCGAGCAAAAAGAAACUGCCGCAACAAAACUUUUCAUCGGUUAUUUUCGAUUCUUACGAUAUUAUCUUUCUCUUUUCCUUUUACAAUGGCUGCGAAUCGCUUCCUUAACAUAUUUGAAAAUAUAUAUUUGCAAAAUAAAAUAAUAUGGAUAGUGAAACUUUUAGGAAAAAGUGGGAGUGAAAUUAAAUUUUUAGAUAUAAAAAUUAUAAAAAUUGGGAAUUUAUUAUUAAGAAUUUUUUAGAAAAUCCUGAUACUUGAAAAAAUUUUAAUCUAGUUUGAUUUAUUUUGAUUAAAAUUUUAUCGAAAUUAAAUAUAAAAUAAAACUACUUAUUAAUAUAAUUUUAUGGUGAAUAUGAAGGUUAUAAAUUUAUUACACUCUUCAUCGUUACUUUUAAUUACAAAUCGUUAAGCAAAUUGUACAGUGAUCGUAUCAUCGGUAAAAACGACGAACGUUUUGCGCAUGCGCAUGAAUCUUUAGUAGGUCGCGUCAACGGCUUGAACGAACACGUCCCGCGUCGCUCCUUCAGUCAUAUAAAGGUAUCUCGAGAUAUAUCACGCGUAUAAAUUCCCAUAAUCGACUAAAAAAGUGCCUUCACCUUCACCUUUAAUUCGCGUCAUUAUCAUAAAACAUAAGUGUCGUUGAAAAGUUUCAAAAUCGAGUGAUUCGUGAAUUGACACAACCUCUAAACACGUGAAUGUGCCAAGUGAAUGUACCGUAUUUAUUCCUUUCUCGAAGUUGCGUUGAAGACUGAUGGACAAAUUCCUCGAAAGAAUGGGAUAUCGACGGAAAAAAAGAGGUAACUUUUAAAGAUAAUCGUUCAAAUAAUCCAUAAAAAUACGUAGAGGGUAUCAGUGCUCAAGGAUUGUCAAAAGUUUUGCGAGGAAGGCGCGCGAGAAAGGUGCGCGCGCGCACGAUAGUAGGUCGAAUCGCGUUCGGCGAAGUUCGGCUAUAUUCGUAUACGUUCGGUACGCUCGAAUUCGAAGUUCGUUCGCGGCGACCGCGCGCUCGCUGUUCGGUCAGUCAGUCAGUCGCACGCGGCAUACGAAGGCCUCGAAGAGUCGAGGGAGGUUCGAAGACGCGCGAAAUAUAACAGAAUAAGAGACAGAGACUGGAUAAGGUGAGGGGAAGGAACGAUAAGUGACUCGAAGAAAAGAAAACACAGGGUGGAAAGACGACACAGCGGAAUCUUAUAUCGCGCGUUGUCUUUUGUCAUAAAGACUGGAGCCGCUCUAGCGAGUGAGUCGAUCUCUCUUCUCGAUUCGAGAGAUCGACUGCUAUCCUUCGAGGCAGCGUCGGUUUGGCAGACGGAAGAGAAAUUGGCAAAAGUGUGAUAGCAGAGAGGAAAAAAGCACCUACAAAUACGAGAUGGUGUACGGAGGAGGCUUCGACAUGGUGGAAACGAUGCCACAGACGGUACCUACCGCAGCCGGCUACUCGCCGUCGUUCGAUUACAGCACAUUCCAAUUCGAUUUAUCCCUUCUUUCGGACGAUUAUGCCGCGACGAACGCGCAAAACACAUUGAAACCAGCGCAAAUCAAGCAGGAAGCGCAAUCGCCGCGUCCCGGCUCACCGACCACGUACUCGAGCUCGCCUUACCCCGGCGCCGGCGGUGAACUGUCCCCUAAUUACUCGCACGAGGGUUCACCAGGAUACCCGACCAGUCCCUACUACGUGCCCAGAAGUCCUCAAAGUGCUCAAUUCUACCCGACAAGCCCAGAACCCUCCGCGAAACAGCCGGUCAAAAGAGAGAAGAGCCUCGAUCUUCUGGCCAUCUUGCAAGAGUCCAGACUUCUGGCCGAGAGUCUGGGAUACAGGGAGGACUCGACCGACUGCACAGUGCCGUGCACACCGCCAAGAACGGAGGAGGACAUUUACAACAGCCUUGACGCGGACUUCUUCGCGAAGAAAGAGGAUACCGCAGUGCAAGGACACCCGUUGCUGAAGGAGAUCCUCUUCAAGUCGGAGCCACGGUCGAGCUGCAACAGCAGCAACAGCAGCACAACGAGCAACACCAGCGAUUCCUCGUCCACGUUGUCGUCCUCCCCGUCGAGCGCUUCUUCCUCGCCCGACCCCGUGCAACUCGAGAACAGCUCGCCGUUGAGGAGCUUGCUGUUCAAGGGUGCCAGAAAGGAUUUCGCGGACGGCGCGAGAACAAAUGUUCUGAAACUCGAGAGAAUACAGGACGAAGUCAGGAAUCCUCUUCAGAAGGAGGAGGAGCUGUUCAAGGACGGGCAAAAGAGCGAUCACCAGUUGCUCAGGGAGGUUCUGAGGGACACCAGUUUUCAGAGGAAGUACAAUCUGAGACCCGUGGACCUGGGCAGCGUGGGGACAGGGUUCGUCGAAGACAUGGAAGCCGGCGAAUGCGUCGGUGACCUGACCAGAGAGCAGAUAGAGCCUGUCCUCAGCCUGGCCAUCCAACAAUUGCAAAAAGACUUUGACAACACCUGUGUCGCGCUUGGUAUUCAUCCUGAGCCACGACGUUGGAGCGCCGCAGACGUAGCAGCCUGGAUCCAAUGGGCCAGAAGGCAACUGCAAUUGCCAUCUGUCCCACUAGAAAGCUUCAACGUGGAUGGCGCUACAUUGGCUUCCCUCACGGAAGAGGAAUUCUGUCAGCGUGCCCCUCAGUGUGGAAGCAUUCUUCACGCACAAUUGGAAAUUUGGAAGGCAGCAGUCGAAGAAUCUCCGCGUAACACAUUGGCAGCUUCGUGGGGUCCUGCUGUUGUUCAAACUCCUAACAAUAACAAUAAUGCAUCGUCGACUAUUGCGAAUGCGGCUCCAGCCAGUGUCACGGGCUCUACUUGCAGCGUAGAUUUUUCUGAUGAUGAGGACGAGGAUUGCGGCUCGUCGCAAGCUGGAACCGGCGGAGGCGGGGGCGGUGGUGGUAAAAUGCGUAACGGCGGCUCGCACAUCCACCUCUGGCAGUUCCUGAAGGAGCUGCUUCAGAGCCCGGGCGUCCACGGUUCCUGUAUACGCUGGCUGGACCGUGGCAAGGGUGUGUUCAAGAUCGAGGACUCGGUCCGCGUGGCCAGGCUGUGGGGCAAACGAAAGAAUCGGCCGGCAAUGAACUACGACAAGCUGAGCCGUAGCAUCAGGCAAUAUUACAAGAAAGGGAUCAUGAAGAAGACGGAGCGUAGCCAGAGGCUGGUCUAUCAGUUCUGCCAUCCUUACUGCCUGUAAAUUACCCGGGUCCCGUUAAGCCUUUGCUCUCGUGCGAAGGAUGUCGAAGGUGUUACCUCUAAGGGGGAAGAGAAAAAAAAAAAAGAAAUAUUUAUCGACGAUGAAAAGCAUAAAAUCGAGCGGAAAUCGAGUCUCUUUCGAUCGUGUGAUUUAUAUUAUUCGAUUAUUUAUUGCGAACCGCGUUCGAGGUAACAUCGAUGGAUGUCCUCGCCGAUAUUGCGUAUAUCUUUUCUUUUUUUUUUUUUAAACGCUCGUCGUGAUUCUCUCGUGAUUCGUGAUACACGAUCGAAGAUCGUGAGCUCGUCGCGAGGUACGCAGGUCGGUGAUAAGAUUGUCGUAAACCGUUGUAUCGGCUCGAUCGCUGGGUGGUUUAUCGAGCAUCGAGUGCAAAGGGUUAACACUUUUUCCUCCCAGAUUCAAGGUCGUCCAGGUUGAUCACCUUGAGGCUGGUGCACGUUUUCGAAAAGGAGUUGCGAUGAAAGGCUUCCGACUCUUUCUGCGUGCAAUUUUUUUUUUUUCUCGCACAGAGAAUACGUGCUGGUGUGCUUGCCUGUCCCACUCUUCUGUGUUGCGUGUUGUUGCGUGUCCCUUCGUUGUGUGGCUGAUUGAUGAUAUCGAAGAGAGGUGAAAAAUCGGAAAAAAAAACAAAAAAAAACGCGAAGAAUCAGUAUGGAGGUCAGAAGAUUAAAAAAAAAAAAAGAAGAAAAAUGAAAAAAAAUAACGAUCCACCAUGUCCAGUGUAUUAUCCCAUGAAAGGAUGAUACAUAGUCGCGACACAGGUGGGUACCACUAAGUACGCCCGUUUUGGGCGAAUCCCGAAUCCCCUCUCUCCUUCCUCCCCAAUUUUCUUCCCUGUCCCUCAUCUUUUACACGCCUUUUUUCACUAAUUUCUAUCCCGAUAAACUAUUUCUUGUUGUUGUAACAUAAACGAUUACCCGGUAAAAAUUAAGUGACUCCUCCACGUUUCGUAAUCCACGAUUCAUCCCCGAUUAUCAUUGUGCAUGUUGGGACGUUUGUCCGGUCGAUUUUCGCGUCUUUCGAUCGCCACGCUUUAUUUCGUUUUUCUCAAUUAAAGAGUUUCUUUUUUUUUUUAUACGAACGAAGAUUGAUUUUUCUCUUCCUUUUUUUUUUUUUUUUUAAUGGAAAAUAAUCGUGCGUCAACGUAUAGGCACCGGUUAACCACCACCACCAUAAAGUAUAUUAUGGCACGUACUAACACUUAAUAUUCUACUAACGUAAUGAUAACGAUAUGAGUACGAUAAUGCUGUUAGUAUUAUUACUAUAUUUCCCCAUGAUAUCAGUAAUAUUACUGCAAUGUUGUUAACGAUCCACUAACCGUAAUGUUAUAAAGCGUUUUAACGUGCUAGUGUCGGUAUUAAAUCGGUAUUAUAUACCGUUGUACUGUCAUCAGCGCGUUAUCGAUGCACGUGAACGUGUCAUUACGUUUACACGCGAUAUAUGUAUAUAUAUAUAUGUAUAUUUAUAUGUAUAUAUAUAUAUACUUUUUUUUGUUUUUUCUCUUUUCGAAGCGACGAUCGAAAGAUGGAACGAUCGACGCGCUCGAGAUCUCGUUUGGAGGUACGUCCUGCGAGUUUCGAGCGUGCAAACGUUAUGGUACCGACGUUAUUGUUGUUCGAGGACGGAAUAACAACGAGGAAGAAGCGAGUCAGCGGAGAUUUCGUUGGAGAAAAGGGAAGAAACUACUCUUUCCUCUCUGUUCUCACGAUUGCUUACCAGCGCCGGUCGCCAAAGCCUCGAGCUGCAUCCGAUCCACGGAUCCACGAUAGAUGGACGAUCCAGCGCGCGGAACUAUUCGUUGCUGCUUGACUCGUCCCGCCAUUUUCAUCUUUUUUUUUAUUUUUUUCCUUUAUUUUUCGAAGAAGAUCGUGUGGAGAGAAUCCGAGAGAUCCUUUCGAUACUUGAAUCCCUUGGUAUAUAUAUUUUUAUAGAAGUCCAAAUGGAAGAAGUUGUAGAGUAUAGAUAAUAUAUCGUUUGUGUAAGAUUCUUGAGAAUAUUUAUUUACUUAGUCAGAUUAUCUUUGUGUGUAUUUAUAAUUUUUCGUGGAUUAAUUAUUCUAAAUUAAUUUUAUUAAUUUUAAAUUUUCUCUUUUUAGAAAAAAUAUUUAUGUACUACGUCUGGUGCUAUAAUAUUUAUAAUAUUCAUAAAGCAAUACUAUUUUAUAUAAAAACAAACUUUACUAUUUAUAUAAAAAGAGAAUGAUCAUCUAUUUUAUACAUAUUAGAUAUUUUUAAAAUUAUAUAUACAUAUAUAUAUAUAUAUCAACAGAUAGAUAUUUUUGAUACUAAACGUAUACAAGAUAUUCUUCUAAAUAACUUUAGAUAUUAAAAACCAUUUAAAAGUGCCUUCUUUGAUAUUAAUAGAUCCGACAAUCGUCCGGUGCUCGAUUUAAAAAUCCCGCCAAUCUGAUAUGCGCCCUUUUGAGGAUGCGUACAACAUUGCGCGGCGAGCGUAGCGGAAAAUUUCGCUCGCGCGGCGUGAAACGAUCGACGCACGAUCGAUUCGUCCUAGGAUAAGCGAUCAGGCUCUUCCUUUUCUCGAUAGGAAAGGCAAUAAAGUCUCUUCGAAAAAGGAAAAAAAAGAAAAGAAAGGAAAAAAAAGAGAUAAAAAGUUUUAAAAAAAAAGGAAAAAAAAAGGAACGUAAGAUAGAAGAAUGGCAAUCGCGGAUGGCUCGAGGCUGGAACAUUUACGUGGCUGGUUCUGGUGAUUUUGGUCCCAUAUAUCUAUGAUAUAUUAAACGUUGUAUGUUCCAUGAACGAUCUAGCAUGUAAGUCUCACUUUAGAUGAUAUAAGUAUCAUGGUGGCUCACGUGAGCCGUCCAUUAAGUUACUCGAAGAGAUUUCCCUGUAUUUUUUCCUCUCCUCCAUUCUCUUUUCCUUUUUUUUUCUAACCUUUUCUUCCAUACGAUGAUUUAAUGAAUUUCAUUAAUCAUCGAGCUAAUCACUCGUUAAUCUUAUUUUUUUUUAUUAAGAUUUAUUUAAACAUUCUUUGAAAUACUUAUGGAAUUCGUGACGAUCAUCGAACUUCGAUCGUAUUCAUCCGUUCUAUACUUCUUCUCUAUUUUUCUUAUUUUUAGGGAAGAAUCGUAUCGACCACGCUAAAAAUUGACAAAAUUGGAAUAAGAAAUAUUAUACCACGUAUAAAAAUUAUAUAAAUAUAUAAUAACUAAAUAUCCAUUUUACUAUUAUUUAUAGGUAAAAUUUUAAUUUUGAAAAAGAAUCAAUGGAAAUCAAAAAGUCAAUAAGUAUUGCACAAUUCUUCUUUGCAGCAAUUCUAAAGUUUAAAAAGAUCGAAGAUCGUGUGAACAAAUUCGAAUUCCUCUCGAUAUAACGUUUAUUUAAUACGAUUAAUUAUUCUAUAAUUAUUUAAGAACCCACUAAUAGUGGUCUACUAACAUCCCAAUCGUUUCGAUACUCAUUGAUAUCGGUUGUAUAUAAAAAAAAAAUACUCUCGACGUGUAAUCAUUUUGUACGUUCAUUUUAUUAUUAUUAUUAUUAUUAUUAUUAUUAAUUAUUAUUAUUAUUAUUAUUAUAUUAUAUUAUAUUAUAUUAUAUUAUAUUUUUUUUAAUAAUUAUUUAUUUAACUGAGUUCUCGUUCGAGUAAUCGUAUUAAUAUAUUUUAUAUACGUACGUUACAUUGUUAGAAAGUUGUUCUACGUAAGACGUCGAGGUCGUCGUGGCAGUGGCAUGCCGUGGGACUGGUUUCAAUUUCGCGAUUCGGCUCUGUCUCCGUGUAGCAUGUUAAAUUGAACGAUAAAGAAGAAACGAGAGUUAAUAUUGUUUCGAUUUAAUACGACGAAAGAAGAAAAAAAAAAAUAUUUUCUUUUUUUUUUUUGUUUUGCUAAGAUCAUCGUGUUCACCGAAGGAGAAGGAACUAUUUUCCUUCUUUAUUGGAUGUGCAAUUAUUGCCAAAUAUCGGAAUCUUGAGAGAAUAUUCUCGAAAUAUGUAGAUUGUUAAGCCAAAGAACAUGACGACGAGCUCGAUUAUGUUCUCGAAAUCGGAUAGAAAGGGAAAAAGAGAGAGAGAGAGAGAGGGAGAGAAUGAGAGAGAGAGAGUGAGAUACGUAUCUUCGUUUUAAAUUGCGCGCGCUUGCAAUUCGAAAAUGAAAGCGGGGCUCGUCGAAAUGGAGACCCUCGUUCUAGUAUAAAUAAUUACACGGACGGAGCAAUUUUUAUUCGUAUGUACACGAGUAUGAUAUAUCAUUCAUAUCGUGAAUUUUCCAGGAAGCGUAACAUUGAGUUUUAAUCGGCUCGAAUUACGAGAAUUGCAAGUACGAUUGAAAUUGUAAUUAUAUCCGUUCAUAAAAGUUAAAAUACUCAUCGUCCACGUUUCAAUCAUCAUUUGUUUCAAAAUUUCAGUUACCAAUAAACUAAAAGCAAAAGCAA